AUGAGCGGAAUUGUUCGAAGAAGAGUCGCUCCGAUGGAUGCCGACGAAACCGAUUCGGUCGACAGCUUCGAGGCUGUUGGCUUCAAGACCGUGAAGCAUCAGCGGGUUCCGGACGACGAGAUGCCCGACAUCCUCUACAGCAUCCAGUUUUGCUCCAGUACUGGACGGCUUAUGGAGACACGGGAGAGCGCAAAGCCCCUAGAUCCCAAGGCCUCCAACACUGGGCUUGAGGAGGAAACAUCUAAACCUACCCCAGUCAUCGAAAUCAGAACCACCGUCCACGCCCGCUACGAAGGCGCCGACUACUACGACGAGCCACACUACCCUCCUCCCGAGCCAUACUGGUCCGGCUCCGACAGCGACUGCAGCGACAAUCUGCCCCGUACCCGUCGCAGUAGAGAACCUCACGCCAAGGACCGCACCGAGAUGGUAAUCCACUCCGAUCAUCUCAAAGCCGCCUUGUCUGCCGUCGUCUCCUACUAUCGCGAGUUCUCUCCCGAGCACGGCAUCAUCCGCGCCCCCUACCAAGUCCUCGUUGACCACUGGAGGGAGCUCGAGCUGUACAAGCUCAACCAGCCUUCGUGCCACGACGCCGAGUACGCGGACACUACGACGAAGCACAUCGACGUGCUUUUGUCUUUCCUCAGAGCAACCUUCGCCGAACGUUUUGCGGCCGAGAGACUUCGACAGGAGGACCCGCGCGGUGCCAUGGCCACGUUUGACAACUUCUGGACUUUGCUGAAGCCCGGCACCGUCAUCUACCGCGACCGCAACGGCACUCUGGUUCCCUACAUCGUCAGUCUCGUCCGUCUCGCGGGGCCCUACGAUGCCCAGGGCAACGGCGAGGGUGAUAACUCGUAUUACCUCGAGUUCUGGAACAUCCAGUACAGUCGCGGCCUGUUGCGCCGGCGCAUGAAGAGCUGCACCAUCAGCGCGUGGCGCGGCGAGCGCCUGAUUAACUCCCUUUCUGUCAUCCCCGAGCGGUUCGUCACGGACGCCGCUAAGGUCGCCGCCGAGAACAUCAAGCUUGGUCGGCUGUACUGGGAGCUGGCUAAGCAGCCUUCAUACAUGGAGUACGACGGGCAAGUGACCAACGGCGACAGAGCGAGCAGCGGGAGGGGGUACAAGAUGACGGGCCGGGUCAUCGUCGACUGCGAAGGCUGGGAGCGGUUCGGCAACGGAGAUAUAGCGCCGCAUAUACGCCGGCCGAGACAUCGCGGGGAUAAUCUGAACGUGGAUGUCCUACCCCAGGUGAUGUCCAAGUGCGCUUGUCCUACUUGUUCUAGCGGCGGCGGCGGCGGCAACAAGUCUUCCUCCUCCACCUCCUCCAAUGGUCACGGCAAUCCGGGACAAAGAAGAAGCGACCCGUCCCCCUUCGUCAGCUUCGACAAACUCAACCCCAAGACCGACUCCCUCCCCGAUAACUCCACGCUAUAUCUGCACGUCCUCUCGCCCACCGUCCCGGCAUUCAUCCUCUCCGAGCGCCGCUGGGCACACAUCCACCUCUCCGGCCUCGGUCCCGUCCGUCCUGACCUCGACGCAUUCAAGUAUCUGGUUCUUGACCCGGCAAUCAAGUUAACCGUCAAGAGCCUCAUUGGUAGAUUUGCCGCUCCCUCUUCUACCUCCUCCUAUCCAUCCUCUUCCCCCUUCACCGCCGCCGAGAACUCCGCCGCCAAAGAAAGCAUCCUCUCCCCCGCCACCGCCUCCUCCUCAGCCUUGACGCCCUGGCCCACCGAUUUCGUCCGCAACAAAGGCCUCGGCCGCAUCUUUCUGCUGCACGGCUCGCCAGGUGUAGGCAAGACUUGCACAGCAGAAUGUAUUUCCGAACUUGCCCGGCGGCCCCUCUUAUCCCUCACUUCGGGAGACCUGUCGACAUCAAUGUCCUCCUCCUCCGUCGAGCGACGUCUCUCGUACUUCCUCGAGUUAGGCGAGCGAUUCGGCGCGUUGGUCCUUUUGGACGAAGCGGACGUGUACCUCGAGCGUCGGCGCACGCGGGACUUGAAGCGCAACGGCCUCGUUUCCGUCUUCUUGCGAGCGCUGGAGUAUUUCCGCGGCGUGCUAUUCUUGACGACGAACCGUGUCGCGGCGUUUGACGAUGCGUUUACAAGCAGGAUUCACGUGGCCCUGUAUUACCCCGAGCUUGGGGAGGAGGAAAGGAGGAGGAUUUGGGGGUAUCAGUUUGAGCGGUUGGAGCGGGAAUCUGCUCCUUCUAGUUCUGCUUCUGCAGACGGGGGUGAAGGAAGCAGGAAGCGGUUCUACAUCCCCCAAUCAACAAAGGAAUACGCCUUCCACCACCCGUCCGUGCUAGCGCUUAAGUGGAACGGGCGCGAGAUUCGCAACGCGCUGCAGACGGCCGUGGCGCUGGCGGAGACCGAGGCGGCUGAGAGCCAUCCCGGUGGAUCUGUGUCGGGUACGACGACGACCAUUGCGUUGAUGGAUAAACAUCUCAAGGCGGUGGUGGGGAUGAGUAGUGGGUUUAAGACGUUUAUGGAGGGGGUUAAGAAGAAGAGGAAGGGCAAAGCUGCUGCGCUUCUGAGGACGGGAGUGGUGGAUGCUGAUGACAAUGACGACGAAAAUGACGGGGAGUAUGCGGAUGAAGAGGAAGAUGAGCAUGAAGAUGGAGAAGUGGAGAGCGAUGAUGAUGAUGAACGUCCUGGAAGCGGAUAUUCGUCAACUUCUGAAAAUGGGAUGCGCGCAUUUGUUGCGAACAGGGCUAUCAAGCCGGUGAUCAUAUAUCAAAGGAGGUCGAAGGACAAUAUUCGAGGGAGAAUGAAUCGUCAGCAAAGAACGAGUAGGAACUGA